AUGAACAAUUUUUUUACGACUGCACUCCUGGUGAGUUGCGUUCUAUGUCUGGCAUUUGCUUUGCCCGUGACCAAAACAAAAAAAGAUGAAGAGGAAAAGCCAGCCCAGCCAGCCACACCUGAUGUGGAAACAGCUUUGGAAUAUGAACGUUAUUUGAAGGAAGUGGUCGAAGCAUUGGAAAGUGAUCCGGAAUUCCGCAAGAAGUUAGACAAAGCACCCGAGGCUGAUAUUAGGAGUGGUAAAAUAGCUCAAGAGCUGGACUACGUUAAUCAUCAUGUACGCACAAAAUUGGACGAAAUCAAACGUCGUGAACUCGAACGUCUUCGCAGUUUAGCCAAAAAAGAGUUUGAGCUAAGCAAUGACAUUGACCGGGAUCAUCUAAAAAUUUCCCAACAUUUGGAUCACGGCAAUGAACAUACAUUCGAAAUUGAGGAUUUACGUAAAUUAAUUAAAAAGACUUCAGAGGAUUUGGCAGAAGCCGACCGAAAACGCCGACAAGAAUUCAAGGAAUACGAAAUGCAAAAGGAAUUUGAAAAGGAGAUGAUUAAAAACGAGCUACCCGAAGAGCAAAGGAAAAAGUUUGAAGAAGAACAAAAACAAUUGGAGGAAAAGCAUAAGAAACACGAAAAGGUCCAUCAUCCCGGCAACAAAGCACAACUGGAAGAGGUUUGGGAAGAACAAGAUCAUAUGGAUAAACAAGAUUUUGAUCCUCAUACAUUUUUCAUGAUUCAUGAUGUCGAUGGCAACGGUUUCUGGGACGAAACCGAAGUAAAGGCUCUCUUUGUCAAGGAACUUGAUAAAGUUUACAAGUCAGGAUUGCCAGAAGAUGAUAUGCGGGAGCGUGCUGAAGAAAUGGAACGUAUGCGGGAACACGUAUUCCAAGAAACAGAUACAAAUCGCGAUGGUUUAAUUAGCUUCCAAGAAUUUUUGGAACAAACCAAACGUGAUGAGUUCAAUCGUGAUCCUGAAUGGCAAACUAUAGAUGAACAGCCCCAGUACACUCACGAAGAAUAUUUAGAAUUUGAGCGUAGACGAAAGGAAGAAGUUGAUCGUAUGAUUGCCCAGGGCUUGCUUCCACCGCAUCCAAAUAUGCCACAAGGUUAUUACCCAGAUCCUAAUCAUGCCUAUCAAGCUGGUGCAUAUCACCAACAACAGCAGCAGCCACAAAUGCAUUAUCAAAAUCCCCAACAACAACACAUUCAACAGCAACAACAAUACCAACAGCAGCAACAACAAUACCACCAACAACAGCAGCAGUACCAACAACAUCAACAACAACAGUAUCAACAGCAACAAUACCAACAACAACAAUACCAACAGCCACAGUACCAAGGACAACAAGUCCACCUAAAUCCAAAUCAAGUGUACCAACACGUGCCCGCUGCUCAACCACAACAACAGCAGCCACAGGUUAAUAACGUGGCUCCUCCACAGCCUCAACAAGCACAACAUCAACAACCAGCUGCUAACAAUAAUUUACCAGUGCAGGCACAACAGCCAAUUGUUAAUAAUGCUGUCCCCCAACAACAAAUGCCAAAUAAUUUGCCUCCUGUUGUUCAACAGCAACCUGUAGUUCAAAAACAACAGCCUGUAGUCCAACAACAACAACCUGUAGCUCAGCAACCAAUUGGUCAACAACAACAACCGGUCGCUCAACAACAACCUCAACCAAAACAUUAA